ACUAAACUUUGAACAAAAAAAAAAAAAAGAAAUAUGGGUUCUAAGGCAUUUCUGUUUCUUGGUCUUUGUUUGGUUAUUUUUUUCCUGAUAAGCUCUGAGGUAGUAGAUGCUGAGUUGGUUGAGACUUCCAACUCAAUGAAAUUGGAUAACAAGAAUGCAAUACACGUUGACGGACGUGGCGGAUACAAUGACGUUGGUGGUGAUGGACAUCAUGGUGGUGGUCGCCGUGUUGUUCGUCGUCGUCGUCGUCGUAUAAUUAUUAGGAGGAGAUGCCGCUAUGGUUGCUGCAAGAAAGGAUACAAUGGUUGCAAAAGGUGUUGUUCAUACGCAGGUGAGGCCAUGGAUAAAGUCACUCAAGCCCAGCCUCACAACUGAUUAUUAUGUGUAAUAUAUAAGGAGUUUAAGCUAUAUAUAUCGUUAGUGUAUAUAACUUAUACGUUGUGACAAGAUGUAAUAAUUUUGCUACUUUAGACCUUGCUUGUAACAAGUAUGAAUAAUGCCCUUCGGUUCUUAUGGAUGGUGGGUCAUGUAAUGUUUUGUUGUACAAUAUAUUGUGA